CGCCAUAUACCCUUCGGGAGGUCUGCGGUAAGGGCUCUAGCCCGGCCGCCACGGCGUUAAAUACAACAACAACAACAACAACAACACCCUGUCUCUCAGAAACUAGGAAGGCAAUCAAGCACAAUGAGACUAUCAACUAUCAUCGCAGCCGUCGUCGGCCUCGCUGCCACCAGCGUCAACGCUCAAUGGUACCCAGCCCGCAACUGGACAAACUGCAUCGCCGCUACCGGUGGAAACGGCACCAAAGGCAUCAGAGAAGCCCACGCCUUCUUCAACGAGGCCUGGGGCCGUCCUCGCCUGCGUAUCCAGCACCAGUCGUCAUAUGCCGUCAUCUGCUACGGCCUCAUUUUCGGCAUCGUCAAUGACGACAAGACGGGCUGGUUCGAGGCGGCCAACGAUCGCGACAUAGCAGCUCUCGAAGACCCUGGAACGGCGAGUGAGUGCAAGUGGUACCCCAGGGCGCACGAACUCACGCAUUAUUACUUCUUUGGGAGGGAGAGGGAGUGGAUUAUGGAUAAUCGAGCCUAUAUUCGUCGGUGCAACGAGGUUGAAAGGCCUAUGGAGGGCACUCAAGUUAAUCAACCUUGAGAUUGCCGUGGAAGUUAGUAAUCAGUCUGAUUAUCCGGGGGAUGCAAUGUCCCAUAAGAAGUAAAGUCGACUGCCUACAUUCUAUGAGGUAGCCAACAAUAAUCAACCAGUCUUUAUCGCACGCCUAUUUUGAAGUUGAAUUUGAUUGUCCGAGGACGGGCUUGAACAGGACACAAUCUAGGUAUGAUGACA